AAUAAAUCGAAAUCUGCAAAGCUGGCUCCGCGAAUGAUUUUCACUGGGAGGUCAGUGGACGCUCUGGACGAUGUCCGAGGAGACGUCGUCGUUGGAGUUGGAGUUGGAGUUGGAGUUGGAGUUGGAGUUAAGCACGACGACCAACGUCGUGAUGUUAGUGCGGUUGCUACGGCUGCAGGAUGGUUCUCCAGCCUUCGAAGGCCGGGGAAAAAGAGCAAGAAGGCCGCGCAGAAUAAACAGGUGAAAAGCGCCUGGGAUCUGACCACCAUCACUAUGCAACUCAAAGAUGAGCUGGGAGAAGUUGUUGCUGAAAUGGAGGCGAUGGAGGGCGGAGGAUUGGCUUCGGACGAGACGAAGCCUUCGAACAAGACCAAGCAGACGUCCAUUGGUCGCAAGAAGUUCAACAUGGACCCGAAGAAGGGCAUAGAGUACCUGAUAGAGCACAACCUCCUCGUUUCAACGCCGGAAGAUGUUGCUCAGUUCCUCUACAAGGGCGAGGGACUGAACAAAACCGCGAUCGGCGACUACCUCGGGGAACGUCAUGACUUCAACGAAAGGGUGCUUCGGGCCUUCGUCGAGCUCCACGACUUCACGGAUCUCAUACUUGUACAGGCUCUGAGGCAGUUUCUAUGGUCGUUCAGACUACCGGGCGAAGCUCAGAAGAUCGACCGGAUGAUGGAGUGCUUUGCUCAGCGGUACUGCCAGCUCAAUCCAAACAUAUUCACCAACACUGACACCUGCUACGUUCUCAGCUUUGCCAUAAUCAUGCUCAAUACGUCGCUACACAAUCCUAGCGUCAAGGAUAAGCCAAGCGUUGAACAGUUCAUAUCCAUGAAUCGGGGGAUCAACAACGGUGGCGAUUUACCCAGGGAACUGCUGGUGAGUUUAUACGAGAGCAUAAAAACGGAACCCUUCAAAAUCCCGGAGGAUGACGGGAACGAUUUGAUGCACACCUUCUUCAAUCCUGACAAGGAAGGAUGGCUGUGGAAGCAAGCAGGCGGAAGAUACAAAAGUUGGAAAAGGCGUUGGUUCAUACUGAACGACAAUUGCCUGUACUACUUUGAGUACACGACCGACAAAGAACCACGAGGGAUUAUUCCGCUUGAGAAUAUUCAGGUUCGAGAAGUUCAGGAUCGUCACAAGCCGCACUGCUUUGAGCUUUAUGCUGCAGGCUCGGAGUUUAUUAAAGCUUGCAAAACCGACAGCGAAGGGAAAGUCGUUGAGGGAAAACACACGGUGUAUAGGAUGUCUGCUGCCACGGACGAGGAAAAGGACGAGUGGAUAAAGUGUGUUCGGCAAAGCAUAUCGCACAAUCCUUUUUACGAUAUGCUGGCGGCACGCAAGAAGAAGGCCCAAAAGACGAACGUUCAUUCGAAGAGCUAAGCGAACGCUCGGACAAGGAGAAGCCGAGUUGAAUCACCUUCAGCUCGGUGUUUGUACAAGACUGUAAAAUGUUCGGCACCCUACCAGGAUUGGCGUGCUGAACUCACUCACCGCUGCUUUCGGGAUCUCGUCGCGAAUCGCUCGCGCAGUAUCGCUGAAUGCAGAUAAUUCCGAAUUGUGACGUCGCGCGUCGUCACGGGGAACCAGACACUUCACGGAGGGCAAAGUGCAACUGCUCUUUCUCCAUUUGCACAGUCUUUUACAUCUUUCUUUCUUCAUUAUUGCACGUGGAGAUAUGUACGGUUACGAUGUCAGGGCAUACUGCAGGUUCUCGCGGUUACAAAGAGGAACGGAACGAACGUUUUAACGUUAACCCAGCGACGUUUAUUGCGCAUGGCCAACUCUAUCAGCUGUAAUUCUAAUUUUUUUGUCACCCCAUUCAUGCAUUCAUUCAUUUAUUUAUU